CCUUCCCCCUCUCCUCCACCCCAAAGAGCCUCCUACCCCCUCUCCCCUGCAGCUGUCCCCAGUCAUGGGGCCAGGGCACUCACCCUCUGUUCUAGAGAGCUGCCAAAAGCUGCUAGGACCUGAUAGGCUGCCUGGGAAGGGGCCUGCCUGGGUUAGGGAUGGAGGGUGGUUCUGUGCAGGCUGGGCUGGUGGGGGUGGUAGAAACUUCUGCUAAUGGAGGCGGACGGGUGCAAGUGUCUGGCAGAAGGAACUGCUCACCCCCAGGGUCUGGUGGCCCACAACGUGAACCUCAAGCCUGGGGGGUGCAUUCGAGUGCAGGGCCAGGUGGCCGCUGACGCCAAAAGCUUCACGAUGAACUUCGGCAAAGAUGACAACAACCUGAGCCUGCACUUCAAUCCUCGCUUUAAAAUAUUCGGGGAUGUCAACCAACUCAUCUAUAACAGCAAGAAGGCAGGGGUGUGGGAGACGGAGCUUCGGGACACCGUCUUCCCUUUCAAGCCUGGAAGUGUCAUAGAGGUGUGCAUCACCCUUGACCAAGCAGAGCUAACCAUCAAGCUGCCAGAUGGACACACAUUUAAGUUCCCCAACCGCCACAACGUGGAUAACAUCAGUUACUUCGAAACACACGGUGACUUCCAACUCAAGAGUCUGACCUUUGAAUGAAGCCAGCCAACAACCUAUAACCCCCAAUAAAGGCAGCAGCCUCUGAAUCAGC